AAUGUCUGCCGCAUUGUAAACGUUUUUGCAAAAGAAACCGGAAAAUUGUGAAAAAACAUCAUAAAAGUGUUUAAAAACUUUCAAUUAGAACUGCGCGAUGUCUGUACCGCCGUAUUUGAUACCGCCAAAUGCCUGGGCCGCCCAAUUGAUGGCCCAGCAGCAGGCGUACGCGGCGGCCCAUGCACAGCAGGUGCAACUGCACGCUCAGCAGCAGAUGGCUAAUCAAAUACAGCAGAUACCCCCACCGGGCGCACCACUGCCACCCAAUGGCAUGCCACCACCGGCCGUUGCAGCAGUGCAACCGCAGCUUGGGCAAAUACCCGCACCUAAGCCGGAAUUAACCGAAGAAAAGUUACAGGAGAAAGCGCUCAAAUGGCAGCAUUUGCAAUCGAAACGCUUUGCAGAGAAACGCAAGUUUGGUUUCAUUGACACACAAAAAGAGGACAUGCCGCCGGAGCAUAUACGUAAAAUUAUACGUGAUCAUGGUGACAUGACCUCACGCAAGUAUCGUCAUGAUAAACGCGUAUAUUUGGGUGCACUGAAGUACAUGCCACACGCGGUGCUUAAACUGCUGGAGAACAUGCCCAUGCCAUGGGAGCAAAUUCGUGAUGUUCAGGUACUUUAUCAUAUUACUGGCGCUAUUACGUUUGUAAAUGAGAUACCUUGGGUCAUUGAGCCGGUCUACAUAGCCCAAUGGGGCACUAUGUGGAUAAUGAUGCGUCGUGAAAAGCGCGAUCGUCGUCACUUUAAGCGUAUGCGUUUUCCACCCUUUGAUGAUGAAGAGCCGCCGCUUGACUAUGCGGAUAACGUUUUAGAUGUGGAACCGCUUGAAGCCAUACAAAUCGAGCUGGACAACGAUGAAGAUAAUGCAGUACAUAAAUGGUUCUAUGAUCAUAGACCUUUGGUCGACACGCAAUUUGUUAAUGGUUCCACUUACCGCAAAUGGAAUCUGUCGUUGCCGCAGCUGGCUACACUGUAUAGAUUGGCCAAUCAGCUGCUUACAGACUUGGUGGACAAUAACUUUUUCUAUCUGUUCGAUCCAAAGAGUUUCUUUACUGCCAAAGCGCUUAACAUGGCUAUUCCUGGUGGACCCAAGUUUGAGCCUUUAAUAAAAGAUCACAAUGUUGGUGAUGAGGACUGGAAUGAAUUCAAUGACAUCAAUAAGGUUAUUAUAAGACAGCCCAUACGUACCGAAUAUCGCAUUGCGUUUCCAUAUUUGUACAACAAUAUGCCACACUUUGUGCAUCUAAGCUGGUAUCAUACGCCCAACGUAGUCUAUAUUAAGACUGAAGAUCCGGAUUUGCCUGCCUUUUAUUUCGAUCCCCUUAUCAAUCCCAUAUCGCAUCGUAAUGCUAAUUCAAAGAUACAAGAACCUUUGCCCGAGGAUGAUGAGGACUUUACGCUGCCCGAUGACGUGCAACCUUUUCUACAGGAUACACCACUCUACACAGAUAAUACAGCCAAUGGCAUUGCCUUGUUGUGGGCGCCGCGUCCUUUCAAUAUGCGUUCCGGACGCUCGAGACGCGCUAUUGAUGUGCCGCUAGUCAAGUGCUGGUACAAGGAGCACUGUCCGCCUGGUCACCCGGUUAAGGUGCGCGUUAGCUACCAAAAGCUGCUUAAGUACUAUGUGCUCAAUGCGCUAAAGCAUCGUAAGCCAAAGCCACAAAAGAAACGUUAUCUGUUCCGUUCUUUCAAGGCCACCAAGUUCUUUCAGACAACCACAUUGGAUUGGGUGGAGGCUGGCUUGCAAGUUUGUCGCCAAGGCUAUAAUAUGCUGAACUUGCUGAUACAUCGAAAGAAUCUAAACUAUCUGCAUUUGGACUAUAACUUUAAUCUGAAGCCCGUCAAGACUUUGACUACCAAGGAACGUAAAAAGUCGCGUUUCGGCAAUGCUUUCCAUUUGUGUCGUGAAAUACUGCGCUUAACCAAGUUGAUUAUUGACUCCCAUGUGCAGUAUCGUCUGAAUAAUGUAGACGCCUUUCAGCUGGCCGAUGGUUUGCAGUAUAUAUUUGCGCAUGUGGGACAACUGACGGGCAUGUAUCGCUACAAGUACAAGUUGAUGAGACAGAUACGAAUGUGCAAGGACUUGAAGCAUCUCAUUUAUUAUCGUUUCAAUACGGGACCUGUGGGUAAAGGACCAGGCUGUGGCUUUUGGGCGCCAGGCUGGCGUGUUUGGUUAUUCUUUAUGCGCGGCAUUACACCGUUGUUGGAACGCUGGCUGGGCAAUCUGCUGUCUCGUCAAUUCGAGGGCAGACACUCAAAGGGUGUGGCCAAGACGGUUACCAAACAGCGUGUGGAAUCACAUUUCGACUUGGAGUUGCGCGCCUCAGUCAUGCACGACAUUGUGGACAUGAUGCCGGAGGGCAUUAAGCAGAAUAAAGCGCGCACCAUUUUGCAGCAUUUAUCCGAAGCUUGGCGUUGCUGGAAAGCCAACAUACCCUGGAAGGUGCCGGGAUUGCCUAUACCCAUAGAGAAUAUGAUAUUGCGUUAUGUUAAGAUGAAGGCCGAUUGGUGGACAAAUACGGCGCACUAUAAUCGAGAGCGCAUACGUCGUGGCGCCACUGUGGACAAGACUGUGUGCAAAAAGAAUUUGGGUCGUUUGACACGUCUUUAUUUGAAGGCAGAACAAGAGCGACAACACAACUACCUCAAGGAUGGACCCUAUAUAUCGCCCGAGGAGGCCGUAGCCAUAUAUACAACAACAGUGCAUUGGCUGGAAUCGCGUCGCUUUGCUCCCAUACCCUUUCCACCACUUUCCUAUAAGCACGACACUAAGCUGCUUAUUCUAGCCUUGGAGCGCCUCAAGGAGGCGUACAGCGUCAAGUCGCGUUUAAAUCAAAGUCAGCGUGAGGAGCUGGGACUCAUUGAGCAGGCCUAUGACAAUCCGCACGAGGCAUUGUCACGCAUCAAGCGUCAUUUGCUCACGCAGCGCGCCUUCAAAGAGGUGGGCAUUGAGUUUAUGGAUUUGUAUAGCCAUUUGAUACCCGUCUAUGAAGUGGAACCGCUGGAGAAGAUUACUGAUGCCUACUUGGAUCAGUAUCUGUGGUAUGAAGCUGAUAAGCGGCGCCUGUUUCCGCCCUGGAUCAAGCCCAGCGAUACAGAACCACCACCGCUGCUGGCUUAUAAAUGGUGUCAAGGCAUCAAUAAUCUACAAGAAGUCUGGGAUGUGGGCGAGGGAGAAUGCAAUGUGCUGCUCGAGUCACGUUUUGAAAAGCUUUACGAGAAGAUUGAUUUAACGCUGCUUAAUCGUUUGCUGCGUCUCAUUGUGGAUCAUAAUAUAGCAGAUUACAUGACCGCCAAAAAUAACGUGGUUAUAAACUACAAGGACAUGAAUCAUACAAACAGUUAUGGCAUCAUACGUGGUCUGCAGUUCUCAUCGUUUAUAACACAAUACUAUGGAUUGGUGUUGGAUCUGUUGGUGUUGGGCCUGCAUCGUUCAAGUGAAAUGGCUGGUCCACCCCAAAUGCCCAACGAUUUUCUCACAUUCCAAGAUGCAGUUACUGAGACAGCGCAUCCCAUACGACUCUAUUGUCGCUAUGUAGAUCGCAUACACUUGUUCUUUAGGUUCUCAGCUGAGGAGGCGCGUGAUUUGAUUCAACGCUACUUGACCGAGCACCCGGAUCCCAAUAAUGAGAAUAUUGUGGGAUAUAAUAACAAAAAGUGCUGGCCACGUGAUGCACGCAUGCGUUUGAUGAAGCACGACGUUAAUCUCGGUCGCGCCGUCUUUUGGGACAUUAAAAAUCGCCUGCCACGUUCAGUGACUACUAUAGGCUGGGAGAACACAUUUGUUUCCGUCUAUUCCAAGGACAAUCCAAAUCUGCUCUUCAACAUGAGCGGCUUUGAGUGUCGCAUCUUGCCCAAGUGUCGCACGCAGAAUGAGGAGUUUACGCAUCGUGAUGGCGUUUGGAAUUUGCAGAAUGAAAUCACCAAGGAGCGCACAGCACAGUGUUUCCUGCGUGUAGAUGAUGAGUCGCUGGGACGCUUCCAUAAUCGUGUGCGUCAAAUAUUGAUGGCCUCCGGCUCGACGACAUUUACAAAGAUCGUGAAUAAAUGGAAUACGGCUUUGAUUGGUUUGAUGACCUAUUUCCGCGAGGCUGUGGUAAAUACACAGGAGCUGCUGGAUUUGCUGGUCAAGUGCGAGAAUAAAAUACAAACGCGUAUAAAGAUUGGCUUGAACUCGAAAAUGCCUUCGCGUUUCCCGCCCGUGGUGUUCUAUACACCCAAAGAAUUGGGUGGACUUGGCAUGUUGAGCAUGGGUCACGUGCUCAUACCACAGUCGGAUCUGCGCUGGUCAAAGCAGACGGAUGUGGGCAUAACGCAUUUCCGCUCCGGCAUGUCGCAUGAUGAGGAUCAGCUUAUACCAAAUCUGUAUCGCUAUAUACAGCCCUGGGAGAGUGAGUUUAUUGACUCGCAGCGUGUGUGGGCCGAGUACGCUUUGAAACGUCAAGAGGCAAAUGCACAGAAUCGUCGUUUGACGCUGGAGGAUUUGGAGGACAGCUGGGAUCGUGGUAUACCGCGAAUCAAUACGCUGUUUCAAAAGGAUCGCCAUACACUGGCCUAUGACAAGGGCUGGCGCAUACGUACCGAGUUCAAACAGUAUCAAGUGCUCAAACAGAAUCCCUUCUGGUGGACACAUCAGCGUCAUGACGGCAAGCUGUGGAAUCUAAACAAUUAUCGCACAGAUAUGAUACAAGCGCUUGGUGGUGUGGAGGGCAUACUGGAGCACACCCUCUUCAAGGGCACCUAUUUCCCCACCUGGGAAGGUCUGUUCUGGGAGAAGGCGUCCGGCUUUGAGGAGUCCAUGAAAUACAAGAAGCUGACCAACGCACAGCGUUCGGGUUUGAAUCAAAUACCCAAUCGUCGUUUCACCUUGUGGUGGUCACCAACGAUCAAUCGCGCCAAUGUCUACGUGGGUUUCCAGGUGCAGCUGGAUCUGACGGGCAUAUUCAUGCAUGGCAAAAUUCCAACGCUAAAGAUUUCGCUUAUACAGAUCUUCCGUGCGCAUUUGUGGCAAAAGAUACACGAGUCUAUUGUUAUGGAUUUGUGUCAGGUGUUUGAUCAGGAACUGGAUGCACUAGAGAUUGAAACAGUGCAAAAGGAAACAAUACAUCCACGUAAAUCCUACAAAAUGAACUCAUCCUGUGCAGAUAUAUUACUUUUCCCUGCCUACAAGUGGAAUGUGUCACGGCCUUCGCUGCUGGCUGAUACAAAGGACACCAUGGAUAAUACCACAACACAAAAGUAUUGGCUGGACAUACAGCUGCGUUGGGGAGAUUACGAUUCGCACGAUGUGGAGCGCUAUGCGCGUGCCAAGUUUCUCGAUUAUACCACAGACAAUAUGUCCAUCUAUCCCUCGCCCACGGGUGUGCUCAUAGCCAUCGAUCUGGCCUACAAUCUGCACUCGGCCUACGGCAAUUGGUUCCCAGGCUGCAAGACACUCAUACAGCAAGCCAUGGCCAAGAUAAUGAAAGCCAAUCCAGCGCUCUAUGUGUUGCGCGAACGCAUACGCAAAGCUCUGCAGUUGUACUCCUCGGAACCCACCGAGCCGUAUCUCAGCUCUCAGAACUAUGGUGAAUUGUUCUCCAAUCAAAUCAUUUGGUUCGUGGAUGACACCAAUGUCUAUCGUGUCACCAUACACAAGACAUUUGAGGGCAAUCUAACCACAAAGCCAAUUAACGGCGCCAUUUUCAUAUUUAAUCCGCGCACUGGACAGUUGUUCCUUAAGAUAAUCCACACGUCGGUGUGGGCGGGACAGAAACGUUUGGGUCAACUGGCCAAAUGGAAGACAGCUGAGGAAGUGGCGGCGUUGAUUCGCUCGUUGCCCGUGGAGGAGCAGCCCAAACAGAUUAUUGUCACACGCAAGGGCAUGUUGGAUCCACUUGAAGUGCAUUUACUGGAUUUCCCCAACAUUGUCAUCAAGGGCUCCGAGCUGCAAUUGCCAUUCCAGGCCUGCCUAAAAGUAGAGAAGUUUGGCGAUUUAAUCCUCAAAGCCACAGAGCCUCAAAUGGUGCUGUUUAAUCUUUAUGACGAUUGGCUCAAAACCAUUUCAUCCUACACCGCCUUCAGUCGUCUCAUUCUGAUAUUGCGCGCUCUGCAUGUCAACACGGAGCGCACUAAGAUUAUACUCAAGCCGGAUAAGACAACCAUAACGGAGGCGCAUCAUAUUUGGCCCACGCUAACGGACGAGGAAUGGAUCAAGGUGGAAGUGCAGCUAAAGGAUCUUAUCCUUGCCGAUUAUGGCAAGAAGAACAAUGUGAACGUUGCCUCCCUAACGCAGUCGGAAAUUCGUGACAUUAUACUGGGCAUGGAGAUCAGUGCGCCAUCGGCGCAGCGUCAACAAAUAGCCGAGAUUGAGAAACAGACCAAGGAGCAAAAUCAACUGACGGCAACAACAACACGCACCACCAACAAGCAUGGUGAUGAGAUCAUUACCUCAACUACCUCCAACUACGAAACGCAAACCUUCAGCUCCAAGACUGAAUGGCGUGUGCGCGCUAUUUCAGCUACAAAUUUGCAUUUGCGUACGAAUCACAUUUAUGUGAGCUCGGACGAUAUCAAGGAAACAGGCUAUACUUAUAUAUUGCCUAAGAACAUAUUGAAGAAGUUUGUGACCAUAUCGGACUUGCGUGCACAGAUUGCGGGCUAUUUGUAUGGCGUUAGUCCGCCGGACAAUCCACAGGUGAAGGAAAUACGCUGCAUUGUUAUGCCGCCACAGUGGGGCACACAUCAGACCAUCAAUUUGCCCAAUGCUCUGCCCACGCAUCAGUAUCUCAAGGAUAUGGAGCCAUUGGGCUGGAUACACACACAACCCAAUGAGCUGCCGCAGUUGUCGCCCCAGGAUAUCACCACACAUGCCAAAAUCAUGCAGGAGAACUCCAAUUGGGAUGGCGAGAAGACAAUUGUCAUUACAUGCUCCUUUACGCCGGGCUCCUGCUCACUGACUGCCUACAAAUUGACGCCUUCGGGCUUUGAAUGGGGCUCCAAAAACACGGACAAGGGCAACAAUCCCAAGGGCUAUCUGCCCUCGCACUACGAACGCGUGCAAAUGCUGCUGUCGAAUAAGUUCCUGGGCUUCUUUAUGGUGCCCGCGCAGAGCAGUUGGAAUUACAAUUUCAUGGGUGUGCGACAUGAUCCUAAUAUGAAGUACGAACUGCAAUUGGCCAAUCCGAAGGAAUUUUAUCACGAAUUGCAUCGCACAUCGCAUUUCUUGCUAUUCUCAAACCUCGAGGAUGGCGGCGAAGGCGCCGGUGCGGAUCGUGAAGAUGUCUAUGCGUAAAAACUUAACAAAAAGAAUUGUGAAAAAUUAUUGUACAAUUUUUUUAGACCUUUUAGAUUCUAAGUACAUAAAAAACAAUUUCUAUAAGCCUGUCUCGUUAAAAAUGUUGCU